AUGAUAGAUGAUAAGUUAACAUUUGAACCUAUAACUCCAAUCUCACAAGAAUUUAGAUCUUUUUCACCUAGUUCAUCUAUUUAUCCAUCUAUUGCAUCAUUAAAUCAACAUGAAAAUGAAAACGAACAAAUUCAUAACGAAGAUCAACUUCAAGUUCAGAAUAAUGAAUCAAUUGAAGAACCGAUUGAAAACGAUGACAACAAAAAUGACAGUGGAAUCAAUCACCCACCAAUAAAUGAACUAAAUCAUAGCACAACAAAUCAUUCAAACAGUUCAUAUUCACAAUAUGAAUAUUAUAAUAUUUUUAAAAAUUCAUUAGAUUUAUUUCAAUUUUUCCAAAACUCCAAAAAUUCAAAUCAUGAAUAUUUGAAUUCAAAAAUUAAUCAAUAUAAUCCAUAUCGAGAUUUUCUAAUUUUUAAAAUUCAAAUUGAUGAAUUCAUUGAUUGUAUUAAGUAUUUGAAUAAACAAAAUAAACUUUUAAAACAGGACCAAUCAUUCGAAUAUAGAGAAACAAUUAACGGAGUCCCUUUUAAAUCUAAAGAUGAUAUAAAUAAUACAACAGUUGGCUCAAGUUAUAUUUCAAACUCACAUUGCAAAUUUAUGGAGCAAUAUAAAUGUUACAAAUAUUAUAAAAAUUAUUUUGAAUUAUCAACUGAUUCAUUCAAUUGUAAAUCAAAUCAUAUUCAAAAUGAAUCAAAACAAGAUCAAAAUUUAAAUUCAUUUAAAAAUUUUAUUGAUUUUUACUUAUUUUUCAAAGAGUUUAAAAAUUCAAACUAUAAUUAUUUAAGAUCAAAAAUUUUAAAUUUCAACAAGGAUCAAGAUUUCAUUAUAACAAGGGUCCAAAUUGAAGAAUUUAUUGAAUUCACUGAGUAUAUUUUUGAAUUUUCAGAAAAGGCAAAAAGAAAUCAACUUUUAAAUCAAUAUAAUGAUUAUAAUAAUCAAUCUUUAAGUCAAGUUACUGAUAAAAAUAGUAUAAGCGGGUCAAGUGAUUCAAGUUAUGGGAUUGAGGAAGUUGAGUUGAGUGAUAAUGAUUUAAGUUUAAAAGUUUAUCCUUCUCAGAAAAUUGAUUAG